UCUGCUUAUUCAUUUUCUGCAGUCAUUCAUCUUCCUGGAGUCUCAGACUGUGCUGCAGCACCAAGGCUGCCUGUGUGAGAGCCCUGCACUGAUUGGUGGAGCUUGGAGUGGGGGGGAAGCAGCACGGGGGGCAAAUGUGAUCCCCCUCAAGGAGUUUGAGCCUGGGACUACAUUAAAGGGGCCCCCCUGAUACCCCAGGAAUGCGGAGGGAACUGCUCGGUGCCCAACCUGCCCAUGCCCGGCACAUUACGGCGCUGUGAUUGGAGAAACCCCCACCUAAUCCAGCCAUUAAAAUUAAUUAAGGGUGGGGGGGAGGCUACUUGUUGAUCUUUGGAGUCUGCUGUGGAAAUGAAGGUCCUGCAGGGAGAGCCCAGGAAUCCCAUCUGCUGCUGAAGAGUCGCCGCCUGAGAGAACAGGUAGGAGGCGCAGCAUGCCUGGGAGUUCCUCGGAUCAGAGUCCCACCAUGGACCAGUCAGCGACCACCCCAUUUCGAGUCACGGGGUUCCUCAGUCGCCGGCUCAAAGGCUCCAUCAAACGGACAAAAAGCCAACCCAAGCUCGACCGAAACAGCAGCUUCCGCCACAUCAUCCCUGGCUUCCGAAGCGUCGACAAUGAAAGGUCCCAUCUAAUGCCGAGAUUGAAAGAAUCGCGGUCUCACGAGUCGUUACUGAGUCCCAGCAGUGCCGUUGACGCUCUCGAUCUCAGCAUGGAGGAGGAAGUUGUCAUCAAACCUGUCCACAGCAGCAUCCUCGGCCAGGACUUUUGUUUCGAGGUUACCGCUUCAACGGGGAGCAAAUGUUUUUCCUGCCGUUCUGCAGCAGAGCGAGAUAAAUGGAUGGAGAACCUGCGGCGUGCUGUGCACCCUAAUAAGGAUAAUAGCAGGAGAAUAGAGAAUAUGCUAAAACUCUGGAUUAUCGAAGCAAAGGACCUUCCAGCCAAAAAGAAAUACCUGUGUGAACUCUAUCUAGAUGACAUACUUUAUGCACGAACUACCUGCAAACUAAAAACUGACAAUGUGUUUUGGGGUGAGCACUUUGAGUUCAACAACCUUCCCACACUGAAAAGCAUCACCGUCCACUUGUAUAAAGAGACAGACAAGAAGAAAAAGAAAGACAAGAACAAUUACGUGGGACUGGUCAGUAUCCCUAUUGGGGCAGUGACUGGCAGGCUAUUUGUGGAGAAAUGGUACCCUAUUGUGACUCCGAACCCCAGCAAGGGCAAGUCCUGUGGCCCCAUGAUCCGCAUUAAAACGCGCUACCAGAGUAUCAGUAUCCUUCCCAUGGAGAUGUACAAAGAGUUUGCGGAGUAUAUCACCAACAAUUACAUGGUCCUUUGCUCAACACUGGAAGGGAUCCUCAGUGUCAAGAAUAAGGAGGAGAUGGCAUCUGCUCUGGUUCACAUACUACAAAGCACUGGAAAAGCCAAGGAUUUCCUCACAGACCUAAUGAUGUCGGAAGUGGAUCGUUGCGGUGACAAUGAGCAUCUGAUAUUUCGGGAAAACACUCUCGCCACCAAGGCCAUCGAGGAGUAUCUGAAGCUGGUGGGGCAGAAGUACCUGCAGGACGCGCUGGGCGAGUUUAUAAAAGCACUGUAUGAAUCAGAUGAAAACUGUGAGGUCGAUCCCAACAAGUGUUCCACUUCAGAUCUUCCGGAGCAUCAGAGCAAUCUGAAAAUGUGCUGUGAAUUGGCAUUCUGCAAAAUCAUCAAUUCCUAUUGGUCAGUGCACGUGUUUCCAAGGGAACUGAAAGAGGUGUUCGCCUCCUGGAGACAAGAGUGCAACAGCCGGGGGCGCCCCGAUAUCAGCGAACGCCUCAUCAGCGCCUCGCUUUUCCUGCGCUUCCUGUGCCCCGCCAUCAUGUCCCCGUCCCUGUUCAACCUGCUGCAGGAAUACCCGGACGACCGGACGGCGCGCACCCUCACCUUGAUCGCCAAGGUCACCCAGAACCUUGCCAACUUUGCAAAGUUCGGGAGUAAGGAGGAGUACAUGUCAUUCAUGAAUCAGUUUCUGGAGCACGAAUGGACGAACAUGCAGAGGUUCCUCUUGGAGAUCUCCAACCCAGAGACCAUCUCCAACACGGCCGGCUUUGAGGGCUACAUCGACCUGGGAAGGGAGCUCUCUACUCUGCACUCGUUAUUGUGGGAUGUCAUUGCUCAGAUGGACCAGGCGACGGUGUCCAAACUUGGGCCACUUCCACGUAUUUUAAGGGACGUCACUACCGGGUUGAGUAACCCCUCGAGCAUCCAGAGCUCCAUCUCCAGCGAGCACUCGGCCUCCACGCCAAACGCAAGCAACUGCAUAUCCGUCGGGCUGCAGAAGAUGGUAAUAGAGAACGACUUAGCGGGUCUAAUAGAUUUCACAAGGUUACCAUCUCCAACUCCUGAAAACAAGGACUUAUUUUUUGUCACAAGGUCUGCCGGGGUUCAGCCCUCGCCGGCUAGGAGCUCCAGCUAUUCGGAAGCCAAUGAGCCGGACGUGCAGAUAACCAAUGGCAACAAGAGCUUGUCAAUGGUUGACCUCCAGGACAAUCGCGUGUUGGACAUCGGCACCAACACUUCGGGCACUGGGGAUUCUUUAAAUGACAGUCAGACAUCUUUUAGCCAGUUGCAAGCGAUAUGGACAGCGCGGACACCGCAGGGCAAUAUCAUGACCAUGACCACGGCCAGAAGAACAGGACAGACGCCCACCACUCCCAAUUCCGACACGGCGCCGGGUAGACCACAGCUAUUGGCACCUUUAUCAUUCCAAAACCCCGUGUAUCAAAUGGCAGCAGGUUUGCCGGUUUCGCCGCGGGGAUUGGGGGACUCUGGAUCGGAGUGCCAUAGCUCCCUCAGUUCCCAUAGUAACAGCGAGGACUUGGCUGGAAGCAAACAUGGUUUUAUGAACCCCGGGAGCACGGAGGACUUCAGUCGGCGAUCUGGAGAUAUGUGCAGAUCUGUGGAUAUGUCUAGAAGGCAACAUUCGUUGUGUGACAAAACUGGUCAACCUACAAUGCCGCGGCAGAACAGCUCAGGCCCUCAGAGGCGAAUAGAUCAACCGCCGCCUCCACCACCCCCGCCAAUGACGAGGGGAAGGACGCCCCCAACGUUACUAAGCACGGCAACGUACCAGAGACCCUCAAGUGGCAGCAUGAUGUCUUCUUCUCCAGACUGGCCAGGCAGCGGCGCCCGCGUGAGGCAACAGUCAUCAUCCUCCAAAGGCGACAGCCCCGAGAUGAAACAGAGGACACUGCAUCAUAAACAGGCCCCCUCACCCGUGAACCCCAAUGCCCUGGACCGCACAGCUGCAUGGCUGUUGAAUAUGAAUAUGCAGCUAUUAGAAGAUGAAAGCCCUGAGCCAGAUAUCAAGCACAGGGACAAACUCAGGAAUAAGGAAGAGCUCAGCCAAGCAGAAAAGUACCAACAGGAGAUCAUGAUGUUGCAGGAGAAGCUCCGGCUUUCGAACAAGAAGUUGGAAGACUACGAGAUCCGUUGCAAAAGCCAGGAUGAACAAACCCAAAAACUCCUGCUGGAAUACCAGGCCAGGCUGGAGGAAAGCGAGGACAGGCUGAGACGGCAGCAAGAGGACAAGGAGAUGCAGAUGAAAGGAAUCAUCAGCAGAUUGAUGUCAGUGGAAGAAGAAUUGAAGAAAGAUCAUGCGGAAAUGCAAGCGGCCGUCGACUCGAAGCAGAAGAUCAUCGAUGCACAGGAGAAGCGCAUCGCAUCACUGGACGCCGCCAACGCACGGCUAAUGAGCGCGCUCACCCAGCUGAAAGAGAGGUACAGCAUGCAGACACGUAACGGGAUCUCACCCACAAACCCAACUAAAUUACAGAUCACAGAGAACGGAGAAUUCCGAAACAGCAGUAAUUGUUAACAAAAAUAUUUUUAAAACAAACAAACAAACAAACAAAAACAAAAAAACAAAACGGCCAGAGACGCACCCUGUACAGUUCCGAACUCAGCCGCGAGCAGCACUUCAAAACAAAAAAUAAAUAAAUACAUAUAUAAAAAAGGAUGGUCCUCUUCCCUUACCACCCUGCACAUUUGACUGAAGCAUUCUGGGAGAUAGCGCCUUUAGAACCUAUAAAGCCAGUGAUUUUGGGAAAUGGGGAAAAAACAAAAACAGAUGUUGUACAAAAUAUGUGCCAUAUUAAUACAUAUUUGUAUAUGAAAAUGUCAA